AUGACGGAGCCGGUGUCUCCAAGGAUAGCUUUGAUGGCUGCUCAACAACGUCAAGUACUAGAAACUACUGGGAGAUUGGUAACGCAAGGUGUCCAGACCGUUUACUCCGAGGAAGAGGUGGUCACGGGUGGUGUCGAUAUAGGAAGCCAGACCGAAAACUUCUUGGUUGAGGACAAGGCCAACCCUGAGGCAUCGGAUAAGGCUGUGGGUGAGGAUGUGGCCUACAGUGAUACGCCGAAGGGUACUGUUUCGGUGCCUGUUAACGAUGGGUGCGAGAAGCCCUGUCCCGAAGAGGAUAUAGAAAUCGACUUUGUUAGAGAGCCAGAACAUUAUUGCGUGGGAUGUGCAGCUGCAUUUGCCAUCUGGACGUCUCUACCUUCGAUCGCCCUUGCGAUAUUUGCUCUGCCCCGACUGGGUGUGCCGGCCUGA